AUGCCGCUAUCCUCUCGCUUCGGGCGAGUCAAGCCAGAAGCUGAUGACAUAGACUUGUCCUUCCUCGACGAUGACGAGGACAUUGCAGCACUCAGAAAAGCAACGUCAAGGUCAUCUAAGGGCAAGGUUCCUGCCACAUCCAGCUCACAAAGAUCCGCCAAAAUCACGACAUCCGCAGGCUCCAGCUCAACUCGGACUCAUUCGAGGAGCUCUUCCUCACAACAAUUGAAACCCUCUCCGAGACGCAGUCGGAAUCCGCAGCCGAAACACAGUCAUCGUCGUGAUUCUUUCGUCGAGGAUAAUGAUGACGAGAUCAUACAGGAAUACGACAGCGAUGUUGAUGACAAAGACAGUGAUGACAUCGAUAUUGAUGACAUCAUUGCUUCCAUUAACGGUGGCGGAUCGCGCAACGCAAAGUCUCGCCCCGGCAAGCAGAGUUCAGCACCGAAAGGCAAGGGGAAGACGAAUGGCGCUUCCCGCUCAAAAGCACGGGCAACUUCCAGUCGUCCGCAUCCAUCCGCCGCUUCAAUUCCUGGUGGAAGGCAACUGCCUCCGCCUCGCAAGCGCUUCCUGCUCGCCAACCACUCAGAUGAGGGCUCUGAGGACCAAGAAGAUGACUUGUCCAGCCACGGCAGCGACUCGUUGCAGCAGGAGCUGGAGGACCUCAAAGAUUCCAGUGAGGAAGAGCAAUUGCGCCCGUCCACACGACGUACACAAGGCAACACCGGCACAAGCGGUCGAGUUCUGGGCGCAACCAGGUCGAGACGAACACAGGCACUCGAUGAUCAAAAGGAUGACGACGACGACGACGACGAGGACGACUUCGAGCAGGCAACGCGCGCACGCAAGAAGAGCGCGAUUCGAAGUCGCAAAAACAAGAAGGACAGAUCUCGCCGCUUCGACGACGAUGAAGAUGAAGAAGAUUGGGAUGAGGAAGUAGACGAAGAUGAUGACGGCGAGGAAGAGGAGGAACAAGACGAACUGAAGAACUCCGAUGACCCAGAUUACAGCCACCACUCCAAGCGCAAGAGGUCAUCCGCAGCCAAAUUCACAUCAGGUUCGAAGCGUCAGCGUGUUACCAAAGGAGCUAGGCACAGACAAAGCCGAGCCAAUCCGCGACGGAGGAUAGCUGUGCGUCGAACUCGCUCGACCCGGGCGCGCCCACCGAGGAUGCGCUUCGCUUUGCAGGGAGAGCUCCCAGAGCCAAUCACCGAUCCGCCCAGCCACGCCACCGUGCCAAUCAUCACCAUCGACGAAUCCGUUCAGGCACCUAUCAUCAAAGGCGUACCUUUCAUCGACGACAUCGAGGCUCAUUACAGCCUCUCUGAGCAUUCCAGCGGGGAGGAAGAAGUGGCGAGCGACGAUGCCCUCGACGAAGACCAGAUGGUAUCAGACGCCGUCUCCAUCUCAUCAUCCGACGACGUUGAAGCCUAUCAGGAGCCCGAGACGCAAGUCGAGAAACACUGGCCAGGCUGCAAACGUUGCGCCGAUGGUCCCGCUCUGCCUCUCUACAACAAGGCACUCUCUCAACUCAAACGCGCACAGAAGCGCGAAGCCAAGAAGCGACGCGACAAGUCUCCCGAAAGACUUGACUCCCGGGGCCGCCAGCGAAAGACUUUUGUGGACGACACUACCGGUGCACCUGGUCCUGUGCAGCAAGCCGAGGAAUGGAUCGAGGUGCUCGAAGAUCGCGGAGGCUGGUUCGAGUGCAAGACCUGUUCCGUGUCUUGGCAUUGGGGCUGUCUUCCACAGGACUCCCAAAAAGCCAUACUUCUGCGGAUCAAUACAGAGCGCACUGCUCGCCAUCGGGCCGUGUUUGGUGAAAAGGCGCCUCCCCCCGCUCCUAUCCGAUACAUCGACAUCGACGAGAUGCUGGAUACCGACUCGUGUCCUGACUGUGCCGGUUACGCCUCAUAUUGCACCCUGUGCAAGGCUAACGUCGACGGCCUGCGCACUGUCGAGGAGCAGCUCGGCUUCACAGAAGCGAUGCUCGAGCAGUACCCUGCUCCACCAACUACUCUGAUUGCCAACAGGCUGUUUCGCUGCAAGCGCUGCUCCCGCGCGACUCACUACGAAUGUCUUGCUCGCGCGCAAACGGACGGAGAGGACAAGACCGUCGAGGAAAUCGCGCAGUCCGUUCAGCAGGCAGGCUGGCUGUGCUCCGACUGCCACCGCUGGCCAGCUGUCGAGAGAAUCAUCGCCUGGCGCCAGCUGGACCGCAGCCUUUGGAACGACGAGGAAGCCAAGCGCUGCGCAUACGCAGUCCUGUCGCCGCGAGAGAAUUUGCCUCGCGAGUACCUUGUCAAGUUCAAGGGCAAGUCGUUCCGCGAGACUGAAUGGGUGCCGCAUGACUGGUUGCGCAUUCUCCAUCAAGCCAUGCUUUCCAGCUUCCUCACCAAGGGAGGUCGUCUCGAGCUGGAGCCCGCUGAGCUUAUCGAAUCGACCGCCGCUUUGGCCAGCGCACGUAGGAACCGCGCUUCUCUUGCGCUGAGUGGAGGUCGAGCCUUGCCAUCGACGCCAGUGCAGACGCGGUCCGUCGAGAAAACGCUUCAAGUGGACGAGACAGGCCAGGUCGACAUCGGCCCACCCGGUCCUAUGCCCGACGCCCAUCGAAGAAUCCCGAAGGCAUGGAGAACGCCAGACCGCAUCCUGGCUGUCAAGUUCUUCUUCUCGAUCAAAAAGGAGGAUGACGUUGAAGAUGAGAUUGGCGGCGAGGUCGUUGACUCGGACUCGGUGCCAUUGGAGAAGGUCGAGCCUUCUGAUUACCUUCGCAGCUGGAGACAUGUAGCCAAGCUGCUCGUCAAGUGGCAGGAUCAGUCGUACGAGGGCUCGACAUGGGAGGACCCACCUAACCGACGCAAGCAAGGAGACAUCUUCUACGACUGCCAAGAGGCUUAUCGGGCGUUUCUCCUUGCUCAAAAAGUGACCUUCCCAACUCUGACUGCAGGAGAGAAUCGCAGAAAGCAAGAGCGUCGUCUCGCGAAGUCCGGCAAUCGCUUCCGUGCUUUGGACGACCAGCCGGACUGCAUCGAGGGCGGCGACCUCAUCGACUUCCAGCUUGAGGGUGUCAAUUGGCUCCGAUACGGUUGGUACAACCAGAAGUCGGGCAUUCUCGCCGAUGAGAUGGGUCUGGGUAAGACAGUCCAGAUCAUCACCUUCCUGGCUUCGAUCUGGAAGGAAGGCAAAGCCGGGCCCUUCCUCGUGGUCGUGCCCAACGCGACUCUACCCAACUGGAUGCGUGAGUUCGAGAAGUGGAUGCCUCAAUUUCGAGUGGUGCCGUACUGGGGCGAGGGCGAGGCACGAGACAUGAUCUCGCGAUACGAGCUCUUUCACUCUAAAAGGACGCUCGCCCAGGCUGAUGGCGCGAUCCGCCCGAUCAAGUUCCAUGUUGUCGUUGCCUCGGACACAAGCGUGCGAAUCGACUCAUUGCCGCUUAGGAAGGCUGGUCUUUGGGACGUCAUCAUCGUCGACGAAGGCCAGAACCUGAAGUCCGGCAAGUCACUCUUAUUGAAGCGCUUGAACGAGAUGCCCACAGAACAUCGCGUCAUCAUGACCGGUACGCCUCUCAACAACAACGUUACGGAGCUCUUCAAUCUGCUCAACUGGCUUGAACCUGGAGGUCAGUGGAAGGAUGUCAAGGCCCUGGAGAACGAAUACAGUGUUCUAAAGCCAGAGGUCAUCGGGGAGCUUCAAAAGCGCUUGAAGCCGUACUUCCUUCGUCGUCUCAAGAAAGAGGUGCUCGACCUGCCACUCAAGGUCGAGCUCAUCGUCCCCGCCUCGCUACGACCCAUUCAGAAGCGUAUCUAUCGAUCCAUCCUGGAGUCCAACAUCGAGGACAUUCAAGCACUCGCAGCCUCUCGAGAGACCGGUGGGAAGAAGAAGAAGAAGUCGACGAUCGCCAAUCUCAACAACACGCUCAUGCAGCUGCGCAAGUGCAUCCAGCAUCCAUACCUGAUUGCUCCUGAUCUCGAGACACGCGAAGGCGAUGACAACUACGAGGCGACGUGGGGGCAUCAGCGAUUGGUCGAUGCCAGCGCCAAGCUCUCGCUGUUGCAACGAAUCCUUCCCAAACUCAAAGCGGGCGGCCAUCGCAUUCUGCUCUUCUCCCAAUUCGUCAUCAAUCUAGACAUCGUCGAGGUGUUCUUGCGCGGCGAAGGAUAUAAGUACCUGCGACUGGAUGGUAACGUCGGCCAGAAGCAGCGUCAGAAGGGCAUCGACGCUUUCAACGCGCCCGACUCGCCCUACUUCAUUUACAUGAUCAGCACGCGCGCUGGUGGUGUCGGUAUCAAUCUUGCAAGCGCCGACACUGUCAUCAUCAUGGAUCCGGACUGGAACCCGCACGUUGACAUGCAAGCAAUUGCUCGUGCGCACCGUAUUGGUCAGACCAAGAAGCUGCUCGUGUUCACGCUCAUGUGCAAGGCGACGGCAGAGGAGAGGAUCAUCGAAGGAGCAAAGCGCAAGAUGAUGUUGGACCACCUGAUCGUUCAGAACCUCGACAAGGAAGAUGAGCGGCCAGACGAGCUCGAGUCGAUCCUCAAGUUCGGUGCUCAAGCGCUGUUUGCUGAAGGCGGUACCGAGGAGUCGGAGCGGGACAUCCGAUACACCGAUGAGGAUCUCGACUCGCUAUUGCGACUACGAGAAGAUGCUGGUGAUGAGGACGAAAAGGAGCAGGACAAUGCUGCAGGCGAGAACGGGGAGCCAAAAGGUACCUUCUCGUAUGCGCGAGUGUGGGAGGCUGACCAGGUAGCCAGCACCACCACCAGCGGAGUUGCGCCUGCCACCGUUGUCGAUGAUGACUUCUGGGCUGAUCUGUUGCAGAAGCAUCGCGAAGAUGCAGCGAAGCGCGCCGAGGAGGCUCGUGAGAAGGAAGCACAAGAGAAGCGUGCCUCGAGACGUGACCGCAUUAAAGCGAUGCUGCAGGAGGAAGAGACCGGGAACGCCGAACCUGUAGCGGCUCCAGCUAGGCGGGGCCCCGGUCGACCAAAGAAGGUACCCAAGCCGGUUGUCGACGAAGACUGGAACGCUAACGGAGCCAAUGCUGAAAGCGACAGUGAUGACGUCGAGCUCAUGGACGCCGUGCGGGAGGAGGACGAGCUUCUCCCUGCUGUACAGGCUUUGCGACGUCGACAGGCCUUGUCUUCAAAUGCUGCUGUUGCAGCUGCAGCCGCUGCGAGAUCGGCUGCUGUCAAGGCUUUUGCCGGCGGUGCUAGUAAGGGAGCUGCCGCUGCUGCCGUUGUUGCUGGCGCUCCUUCAGUUUUUGCGGCUACUUCCAAGCCGGCAGCACCGAGGCCACCUGCAUCAUCGACUGCAUCAGCUUCGGCGAAGAAGGCCAAAUCCGCACCACAGAGCCUUGCCGCGUUGCAACGCGACCUCAUCGCCGAGCAUCGAUUACCGCGACCAUUGCCACUCAGCGACCUAGACCUGUCUCUUCCCACCAGCGUCGUGCGCCCUGGCCACCUGGCCGCCAUGCGCAAGGUGCUGCUCUCGCUUUUGCAUGACAGCCAAUUCGCCCAAGAAGUGCACAAGAGGUCUCUCACCAACACCGUACCAGAUCUGUCUCCGCCGCAUAUGCGAUUCCAGCUCACGAACACUCAUAUCAACUACUACAUGCAUUCAUUUGGUGCGCCUCGCGCACUGUUCGAAGCUGCUUUCAACAUCAUUGCGGAGGACAAUAUUCCUGCGGAGAUCCUAGCCUUGCCGCAUGGUGGUGCCAUCGCUCUCGAUUGGAGGAAGAUCAGAGAGUUACUUCUCAGGACGGCAACGUACAUGGUGAUGACCCUUCGCAAGCCCAAGAAUGAGCAGCCGUGGAAAGCUGCAAUCGAAGAGUGGGCCAAGACACAAGCGAGCAGGCCGACGUCGAACGUUAUUAACAUUGCCGAUUUGCUCUUUGCUAAUGGAAGACCGAACUCCGCACCAGCUCCGUAUACGACCGCAGCUGCAGCCGAUGUUCUCAAAGACAAGGCAAGAUCAGACGCAUGGCUGCAUAGCAUCACCACACGUGGUGAUGCCGAACUGACCAAAAUAGCAAGGCUCAUCACCUUCAAUCACUUGUCUACGACUUCGCCGAAUCUGAUGUUGAUGGUACAGCAUUUCGUUGACGGCAAGGGCGUCAAGCCAGCAUAUGGACCGGCAAAGCUUUCGAUCCGCUCGGCUAUGCCAAGGGAUGUACCGUUCGCGGAUCCAGAGGUCAUGGGACCACCUUCGUCGAUCCCUGCAGCACAAUCGUCGUCGUCUGCUCCCGCUGCUGGAAUUCCAUCUCCAGCUCCUCCCAGUUCACAGGGCCGCAACCGAGUCUUUGCUGCCCUCUCUCGCUUGUCAGCUUUCUCAGGCGGCAGUCCAAUGAGGAUCGACGUAUCAAAGAAGGACCUCAGCAAGCUCAACGUCGACGUGGCGGUCAACUACCGCAAGCCUCGCAUCAGAUCUUCGCGAAGCAGCAUCAGCGGCUCUCCUCGCUCGUCUAUGGGCCCUUCACGCUCGCCAGCUUUGCAAGGUGACAGCUUCACUCCUGCUGUAUCGGUCGACGGCGGCUCAGAUGCGGGUGGCGAAGAAACGGUGUACGUGGCACCUUCAGCCCAGACAUGCAUCAUCUGCGGCGGAGACUUCCACUUCCUUAACAGGUGUCCAGAGAUGCAAGACGUGACGAGGGCUUCAGCUCGAUGGUUCCAGCUGUGUGAUCAGCUGCGUGUGUUGAUGCAGAGGGGACAGACGGAUGGCGAUUCGGACGUGGCGACGAUCAAGACCACGAUCAAGGUGAUGGCGAGGAAGUUGAACGGUUUGAGAGCACAGAGUGGGCAAGGUCCGCUGAUGCCUCCUUGUGACUAG